AAAUUAUCUCUAGAUCUUUCUCCACAAUGCUCCACCACCUGUUGGAAAGAAAUUGCGUCUCCUCUCCUCCUACAGCUCGCUUCGCCUCCUUGAAUCUUACUCUCUCAAUCUCAUCCUGGACGAAACUGAACCCAGCAAGCAAUCCAUUUUUCAUCAAUCGAGAAGAAGAGCAAUCUCCAAUUCUUCCACUCUCUCUCUCUCGCAGUCCCCCCAGAGUCUCAGUCUCAGUCUCACAGUUGGGGGAGCUCGGCAGACAAUUCCAACUUCCAACCCAAAACUAAUCUUGGUUUCCUUCCCAAUUUACAAAAGUUGACAGACAAUUUUGCUCUUCCGCUACAAGAUUUUGGAUUCAAAACCUAAAAAACGCCAAUCUAGUAGAACACCCGCAACUACAAGUUGAUAAAUAUUGCUGUGCUAUUCGGUUUUCGGUGUUGGCUGGCUUCCCCAAGUUGGUACAUACAUAUUGCAGUGUGUCUGGCAUCAUCCUGAAACGAAUGCUGUAUUACGUGACUUGUCAAUUUUGUUGAGAAAACGGAGUUUGCGUUUGUAUUAUGGAAAUGGUCAAAUUGGUAUAUCUGGAAUUUCUCUUGUCCACUUAUGGAUGGAUGCAGUCACACAAGUGCAGAGUAGACAUCAACCUUCUGGUCGGCAAAGGUUCAGAGGAAUUGAGGCUAGCAAUUUCUGUUGUCCUUGGUUUUACCAAAGGAAGCUGAUUACUGGUUAUCUCUCAGUGAAGAGUUGUAUAGCUUGGAUUAUAUCUGCACGCAAGAGUCCGUAUUCUUGAAAAACGAAGAAAGGUUAUGUUUAGAUUGGAGGUGUAGCCACCCCAACUAACUAUCUUGGCUCCGCCAUUGGUCAAUUCCAAUGGCAUUUCCUAGAACCCAAAAGUCCAAACCAGGACCUAGUUCCCCAAUCAUAUUCCUUGCCAUCUGCAUAGCUGCCAUUGCACUCCUCUUCCUCUUUUCUUCUCUCAUAUCCACUAGUGGGUUCUAUAUAUCCUCUCCAAAAAUCCUAGAAAGCAUGCCCAAAGACAAGUACAAGAGCCAAAACCACCAAAGUGGCCAUGAGAAGUACCUCUACUGGGGUGACAGAAUUGAUUGCCCUGGAAAGCACUGCGAGUCUUGUGCAGGAUUGGGCCACCAGGAGUCCAGCCUUAGGUGUGCUCUUGAAGAGGCCAUGUUCCUUCAGAGAACUUUUGUAAUGCCUUCGAGAAUGUGUCUCAACCCAAUGCACAACAAGAAAGCAAUCCUUCAUCACUCAAAUGAUGGAAUUUCAGAAGAAAGAUGGGCAGCAAACUCUUGUUCCAUGGACUCUUUGUAUGAUAUGGAUCUCAUAUCGGGCACUGUACCAGUAAUUUUAGACAAUUCAAAAAAGUGGUAUCAGGUGGUGGAAACAAGUAUGAAGUUGGAAGCUAGAGGAGCCGCUCAUGUGGAAGGAGUUAAUCGUGUUGAUCUCAAAGAAAACAGUCGUUUCUCAAAUCUUUUAAUCAUAAACAGAACUGCAAGCCCUCUCUCAUGGUUUAUGGAGUGCAAGGAUCGAAAAAAUAGUAGUGCUAUAAUUUUGCCUCACUCCUUUCUUCCCUCAAUGGUGGCAAAGAAGCUAAGGAAUGCAGCUGAUGAGAUUAAGGAACUCCUUGGUGAUUAUGAUGCCAUGCAUGUUCGUCGUGGUGAUAUAAUAAAGACCAGGAAGGACAGGUUUGGCGUCAACAGGACCCUGCAUCCUCAUGUGGACAGGGAUACUCACCCCGAGUUUAUUCUCCGCAGAAUUGAAAAAUGGGUCCCAUCUGGACGAACUCUUUAUAUCGCUUCAAAUGAAAGGACACCGGGUUUUUUUUCACUUCUCUCAGUCAGAUACAAAUUGGCGUAUUCAUCAAACUAUAGCCACAUCUUGGAGCCCGUGAUUGAGAAUAACUACCAGCUGUUCAUGAUUGAGAGGCUUAUCAUGACGGGUGCUAAAACGUUCAUCAACACAUUUAAAGAAGAUGAUACAGAUCUCAGUCUUACUGAUGACCGAAAGAAGAACACCAAGGUGUGGCAAAUACCAGUUUAUACCAUGGAUGAAGAGGGAACCUAGCAUUUUAGCUCCGCAGAAAGGUUCCUAAAAUUUUUGAACGCCCGUACAGUCGUACUGAUACUCUAAUGCACAUAAUAAUACAAGCAGAGGCUCGCGUUUCAUGCUACGAGAGCUUCCCAGUGAAAAUUGAAUUGUGGCAUAAAUUACAAGUUGCAGUUUUUCAAAUAUUUGUUUUAACUGGAAGGUUAAUUUUUUAUUUCUUAUAUACUUCGACCCAGUUUAUUUGUAUUUGAUAUGUUCCUGAUCGAAAUCUUAAACAUGUAGUCCUGUUAAACUUUAGGCCCCGUCUGGUGGACAGGAUGGGAUGGAUUAUUUAUUAAAUUGGACUUGAAGUUCAGUCGAUGUUUGGUGAGA